AGAGAAUUCAAUAAUUAACCUGCCAAGAGGAAUAAAUUUCAAGUAUGGCUGAAUCCAAUAGAAAAAUUCGGGAGCGAUGGAGCUACGAUGUGUUCUUAAGUUUCCGUGGAUCAGAUGUGCCGGAUGGUUUUAUAGCCUUUCUUUAUGUGAGCCUAAAACUAUCUGGGAUAUACACAUUCAAGGACGAUCAAGAACUAAGAUUGGGAGAAAGGGGAGAAAGCAUUUCCCCAGAGCUGUUGAAGGCCAUUGAAAAUUCCAAAUUCCUUGUUAUUUUAUCAAAGAGCUAUGCUUCAUCAGCUUGGUGCCAUGAUGAACUUAAGCACAUUAUGCAAUGCCAAGGAAGCGACUCUGAACAUAUUGUGCUCACAAUUUAGUACGAUGUUUCUCUAGGAGACAUAUACCAUCAAAAUGAGUCAUUUGGUGAAUCCUACGAUAAGCACAAAAGCUGUUACAUAGAGAGCAAAUUGCAUCAGCGGAAGACAGUUUUAAAAUAAGUUUCAAGUUUGGCUGGGACUUUCCGGGUUGACACUACACUUGACACUGAUUUGAUAGACCUUGUGAAUGAAAGUAUUCUCAGAAUGCUGUCUAGUGCAUACUUGCAUUUACCAACAAACGUCUACUUUGUAUCAAUUAUUAUCAGAAUUGGCAGAGAGCUUAUGUGUUUUGGUUCGGAUGAUGUCCAGAUUAUCGGAAUUGGUGGAAUGGGUGGGAUCGGAACAAGUUUCAUAGAAAACUUUGGGGAAUACGUAAAGAAACUUGAAUGGAAGGUUCAUAUUCGGCAAACACUUCUUUCUGAUAUCCUAAGGAGGCAUAAGACAGUGUUCAACAACACAGAUCAUGCAGUAAAACAUAGAUUCCGCAAUAAAAAAUUACUUAGUUUUCAAUAUAAAUAUUCACCGAAGGCACUGAAUGUUGAGGAAUCUCUUGAACUUAUAGAUCGGCAUGCCUUUAGAACAAUUGAACCUCCUGAAGCAUUUCGUCAGUUCUCAGAAAAGUUGGAUGAAUACUGUGGAGGACUACCCUUGGCUAUGGAAGUCUUGGGUGCUUUUCUUCAGAGAAACAUUUCUGAGUGGAAAAGCACAUUAAAAUAAUUGAAAAGAAUACCUGAUGAUAACAUUUAAGCAAAGAUUCAGAUCAGCUUUGAUGCACUAAACGCUGUACAGAAAGAUAUAUUCUUGGAUAUUUCUUGUUUCUUCAUUGGAAUGAAUAAAGACUAUGUAAGUUGCAUAUUGGAUGGAUGCGAAUUAGAACCUGGCAUAGGGCUCAGUGUGCUAAAAGAAAGGUGCCUCAUUACAGUCCAUGAUAACAGGCUGUUGAUGCAUGACUUAUUACAAGACAUGGGAAGACAAAUUUUCCAAGGAGCAUCUCGGAACUGUGAGAGAUAGAGUAGGUUGUGGGAUCCUAAUAAUGUUAUUGAUGUAUAGACAAACCAUACUGGAGACUUGGGAUAACAUUUCUCUAAUAAAAAAGCUUGUUUUCAUUGUUUGGGAACUGAUGGCAUUGAAUGACUCAGCCUAAAGACCGAAGUUACAGCUGUCAAAAAUUUGGAGGUUAAAGCAUUUUCAAACUUAUGGAGGCUUCAACUGUUAUAGCUCAGUCAUGUAUUGCUCAACGGAAGCUAUGGAGAUUUUCUGAAAGGUUUACAAUGGCUUUGCUUGUAUGAGUUUCCUCUAGACUCCAUCCCAAAAAACUUGCAGUUGAGAAUCUUAGUUGCUUUGGACUUUAAGUACAACAACCUUAAACGACUUUGGGAUGAUCAAAAGAUGAAGGUUUUAAAAAAGUUAAAAUACCUUGACCUCAGUCAUUCUGUCCAGCUUACAGAGACUCCAGAUUUCUCUUAUCUGCCAAAGCUCGAGAAGUUGCUCUCGAUAAAUUGUAAGAAAUUGGUUCUUAUUCACAAGUCGAUAGGGGCUCUACAUAAAAAGCUGGUACUAUUAAAUCUGGAAGGUUGCACCGAGCUUAGUGAUCUCCCUUUGGAACUUUACACAUUGAAGUCAGUGGAAACUCUCACUCUAUCAGGCUGCUCGAAACUCGAGAGAUUGGAUGAUGCUUUAGGUGAAUUGGAAUCCUUGGCAACUCUUAAAGCCAGUUCAACUGCUUUAAGGCAACUCCCUCUUUGUGUAUCAACUGAAGAACUAGACGAAUUAUCUCUGGAUGGCUGCAAAGGAUUAUGGAUAGACAAGAACUACACUCAUUCUGAAAAUCGUCCUCGAGCUGCUCUAUCACUUCCAUUUUCAUUGAAUGGAUUAAACUUUUUGAAAAAAUUAAUGUUUAUGUUCUGCAAUCUAUCUGAUGGAUAAAUUCCUAGAAAACUUGGGAGUUGUGCUUCUCUCGAGGUUGAUCUUGGAGACAACAACUUUCGCCAUUUGCAAACAAAUUUUGCUAGUCUUCAAAAUCUACAUAUUCUUAGAGUGGAUAGUUGCUCAGGACUCCAAUAAAUGUUCAGUUUACCAAAAAAGUUGAGAUCUUUAUAUGCAAGUGAUUAUAUCAUGUUGGAAAGAACUCCAGAUUUAACAGAGUGCACUUUGUUGAAAUCAUUGCACCUCACAAAUUAAUUAAAUCUUGCUGAGACCCCAUAGCUGAAUAAACUGGAAAAGGUUGGAGUCAUCCACAUGAUGUGUAACCGUAUAUCAGAUACUUAUAGGAAAAGAAUCAUGCAGGGAUGGGCUGUGGGUGCCAAUGGGAGGGUUUUUAUCCCAGGAUCUACCCUUCCUAACAGGGUUAGCUUCAAGAAUGUGAUGAAGUCAAUCUCUUUUACGGUGCCUAAAGCUCUGAAUCCUGAUCUGGUUGGGUUUACCUUGUGUUCAUCAUAUGUGAGCCAGCAAGACAAUGUGAUUUCUAGAGACUCUCCAAAGAUCAGAGUCAAAAAUCAAACGAAAGGAAGUGUAUGGAAUGAUGAUGUAGCGUUAUUGUCGUCUUAUUGGGCUUUGGUUACCUUUUCCCGCUUCAACGUUGGAGUUCCUGGUUCACCUUCUGGGUUUGAACAUGUCGAUCUCAGUGUUGGUCGCAAUCAGAUGACAUAUGCCGGUUUAUACGGUGAAGGCGCAAUUUUACAGCUCACCCAACGGAGACUGGCUGAAAAUCUUACUGAGGAUGAGCUGGCCGAGUUGGAUGAUGUUCAUCUGGCGGACUGUGACCCUGCUUUUGAGGAUGAUGAUUUGACUACUGCUUUGUCAUCUAAAGUGAAUCUCCUGGACACAGAAGGGAGGGUGUUCAGUGAGGAAGGUUUCCUACAUGGACCGAGCAUGACCAGAGAAAUCGCUAACUUGAAACUUAGACCUCCACUCUGCGGAGGACCAGUAUCCACCUUAUGUCUCCAAUCUUCGAGCAGUGUACCACCCAAAAUGGCCCCACAUGUUGAUAAGGGAAAAGGCAAGAUGCGCGAAGAAAUUAAAAGGGACCCUUAUCUUGGGUUAACCAUUGGCUGCUUAGGAUUUAAUUGA